UCAGUAGACUGGCCUUUCUCGAGGUGAAAUAUAAUUACACCGAGGCAGGGCAUGAGCUGCUGCUCAUGUUACCUUUGGAUGACUAGACUGCAGCUGGGCGGUCCUUUACCGCGCGAGCUACAAAGUCACUAGAGAACUAAGUUUGAAAUGAGUCCCUGCUAAACAAACCUGUGCAACGCACACUGAGCGCGCGCGUGAUCAAUAAUGGACUCAGCCAAGCGUGAUGAACACAUGAGCGAGCACGCCGCCAACCUUCUGGGGACACCACAGCGGUCCAAACGGACACAAAGCGCCACCAAAACAAAGUCAAGAUACUUGAAAAUCCUCUGUGCGGUCCUUCUGCUUGGCUUGUUGGCUUUAAUUCUCACAGUAGUAUUUAUACUCAAACUCCGCUGCAGUGAUAAAGUUACUAACAGCUGUAGAAACCGCUGCUUGUCCAAAAGUCGUGAUUCUAACGCUGAGUGCCACUGUGACGCUGCGUGUGUGAAUGAAGGCACCUGCUGUGUGGACUAUGAGGAAGUGUGUGUGGAACCAGGUCAGCGCUGGACGUGUUCUAAAUUCCGCUGCGGUGAGGAGCGUCUGCUGAACCGCCUCUGCUCCUGUUCUGAAGACUGUGUGAAAGUGGGUGACUGCUGCUUAAACUACAAGAACAUAUGUAAAGGUGAAAAACCUUGGCUGAAAGAGGACUGUGAAGACAUCAGGACUCCUCAGUGUCCUGUUGGGUUUGCUAAACCGCCGCUGCUUCUGGUGUCUCUGGAUGGAUUCAGGGCCGGAUACAUGGAGGCCUACAGCAGCCUGCUUCCUGUCAUCAACAAACUCAGGAAAUGUGGGACCUCUACCCCGUAUAUGAGACCUGCUUAUCCCACCAAGACUUUCCCAAAUCAUUACACCAUAGUAACGGGUUUGUAUCCAGAAUCACAUGGAAUUGUGGACAAUAAGAUGUAUGAUGUCACUCGCAAUGCCUCUUUCAGUUUGAAAUCUGAUGAGAAAUUCAACCCUGCAUGGUACCAGGGCGAACCAGUUUGGCUCACAGCCAUGAAAAACAAACUAAAAACAGCUACUUUCUUCUGGCCUGGAUCCGAUGUGAAAGUCAAUGGACAUUUCCCAGAUUACUGGGUGAAGUAUGACAGGAACAUCCCCUUUGAAAAGAGGGUGGCACAAAUCUUUGAAUGGUUGCAUUUACCUGAAGGAAAAAGGCCAGACUUUUACACCUUAUACUUCGAAGAGCCUGAUUCUGCAGGUCAUCGACAUGGACCAAUGAGUAGCCAGGUCAUUGAGGCUUUACUGAAUGUCGACAGGUUUCUUGGGAUGUUGAUGGAGGCUCUCAAGGAAAGACAGUUGCAUAGAUGUGUCAACCUGGUUCUGGUCUCUGACCACGGGAUGGAAGAAGCGUCGUGCAAGAAAGCUGCAUAUGUCUCGGACUAUCUGGAAAACAUAGAUGACAUCACUAUCAUCCAGGGUCCUGCAGCGAGAGUUCGUCCCAAACGUUUGCCUGAUGAAUUCUUCUCCUUUGAUUAUGAAGGUCUGGUGAAGAAUCUUUCGUGCAGAGAAACUGAUCAGCCGAUGAGGCCGUAUCUGAAGGAGAAUCUGCCCAAACGGCUUCACUUUGCCAGUAACAUCCGUAUAGAGAGAGCACAUCUCUACAUGCAGCCCGGCUGGCAAGCAGCACUCAAACCAAAUGAAGUAAAAUACUGCAGUGGUGGCUUCCAUGGUUCAGAUAAUGUCUUCAAGAACAUGCAGGCCAUUUUUAUUGGACAUGGACCAGGUAUCCAUUCUAAGACAAAUGUGCCUCCCUUUGAGAAUAUUGAAAUCUACAACCUCCUAUGUGAUUUGCUGGGUAUUGCUCCUGCCCCUAAUAACGGCACCCAUGGCAGUUUAAACCAUCUGCUGAAGAUCCCACCCCACCAGCCGGUGUACCCCGCAGAGCGCUCGGCACCAUCCACAUGCAAACCUGUUAGCAGCUCCUUACAGGACCCUCUGGGUUGCACCUGUGACUCCCUCACUGAGGCUGAGGUGAACCGUCUGAACCAGCGGCUCAUCAACUCAAACUCAAACACUAACAUGAAGCCAGUUCAUCUGCCUUACGGAAUCCCGCGUGUUCUUCAGGAGCAGUCAGAUCACUGUAUACUUCAGCACACUGCGUACAUCAGCGCAUACAGCAGGAACAUCCUGAUGCCCCUUUGGGUCUCUUACUCUUUGAAUGCAACGGUGAGCGUCCAGCCCUCAGCAGACACAUGUGUACGUGCAGAUGUGCGUGUACAGGCCAGUGCGAGACCGUCCUGCUCAUUCUAUAAGAACAAUUCCACUCUGACCUUUGGCCUCCUGCAUCCACCCAACUUCAGUCCUACAGGAACUGAGCCAGACUCCUUGAUUACGAGCAACAUGGUGCCCAUGUUUCCUGCUUUCAAAGAUAUCUGGAAUCAGUUUCACGAUGUUCUGCUGCUGAAGUAUUCACGACAGCUGAAUGGAGUCAAUGUUGUGAGCGGACCAAUAUUUGACAAUGACUUUAAUGGGAACUAUGACUUUAUGAACAAGGGAACCCCGAACGGGGCUCCCAUCCCGACACAUUUCUUUGUGAUUCUUACAAGUUGUAAGAACUCGUCUCUUCCCAUCGGACAGUGUGACGGUCCUCUAGAUGCUGUGUCUUUCGUUCUUCCUCAUCGAGCUGAUCGUCUGGAAACAUGUCAUGUAUGUGAUCAGCUAUUCAUGAUCUAAACCACAGCAGCCAUAAGAUUGUACAAAGGAAGUAGCUGAGUAACUUGAUUGUUAGGUAAUUUUUUAACCACAUAAGUAAAAAAAGAAAGAAAGAAAAAGAAAGAAAGAAAACUGAAAUUAGUACAUUUCAACCAUAUUUCAAAGACGAUAGAACUAUAUAUGAAAUUGGAUAUUCAGUUCACACUUGAAGUAUAUAAUUUCCUUAAGUACUUUUUCACAAGAUUAAUCAAAUAUGUUUAUUAAAAAAAGGAAUGUUGUGUUUCUCUCUCAUAUCUCGUUAUGCAUCUGUUUUUUACACACCCUGUUUUGUUCUACCAUUUAUUUCUCCAGAAUGGCUCAGACUACUCAUGGCUCCAGGAUUGGGUUCAGUUUCACGUGACGCGAAUCAGAGACGUUGAGCUUCUGACGGGCUUGAGUUUUUACCAUGACAGGAUAUCUGUUGCUGAAACAUUACAACUCAAAACCACACUCAAAACUUUCUAGAAACGCUUCUGAACUUAGACCUCGUUUCUCUGCGUCUUGCAGGCCACGGACGGCACAUUCAGAAUGGAAUGGAUCUGUUCACCAAUGAAACCCAGCUGAGCUUUAAGUUCAUCCAGAGAGUCUUUGAUCUCCUAAAAUGGGGAAAUAAAACGUUUUAUGAUCUGUGCUUUAAUGCAAUCUUUAUUCUCAGAGGCUAUCUAUUUAUAUCUGGGGAAGUACCAACUGUACCAGAAACUGGCCCAGCAAUCCUAGAGAAACUAAACUUCAGUUUUUUUCCAAAAA